AUGGAAGUCGAAGCGGAACUGCAAGAAUUGCGUCGUACGAAAAUGGAGGUGCUAACGGUAAGAACGAAAGCCAGACAAAGAAAAGCAGCUGCAGCGAGUCUCGUGAGCCGAACAGAAAGUCCCUUGAGGACCAUUGACGAGCUUCGAGAGGAAAAGGAAAAUGCCGAGACCCAAAGUGCGGCCAGUGAGCGAGCACGACGAAACGCCGAAGCGGAAAGGAAUUCGUUGAAGGCUCGGCUAGAGGCCUUGGAAGCUGAGUGUGAGGAAUUGAGAGAGCGGUCAAGAUGUGCUGAAGAUGCGGCUCGACGACUUACUAGCGGUGAACGUCGCCUGGCUGAGCAACAAACGCGUAUCGGCGAUUUAGAAGCCGAAAAUCGCACACUUCAGCAACAGAUGGAACUCGAAUCACAGAAAACUCAACGCCUUCGAGAAGAUCUCGUCACGGAAAAGUCCAAAGGGGCGGAGCUUGUGGGCAGGUUGCGAAGCGUAUGCGCGGCGAUCGCACUGAAUGGUGGCAAAAUCGAUGUCGAAAUGGAUGAUCUUCAGCUGAUCGAUUCAAUCGAUAAUGUCAUCAUGGGUGCUCUGAGUGCCGCAAAACGUGAAGCGGACGCGUUGAGGUUGCAACAGCACACCCAAAUUGCUGAGCUGAACGAUCUGAAGAGUGAUAUCGAGAAAUUGAGGUGGUUGCUUGCUCUAUAG